CAGCGAAGAAGAAGUUCCGGAAGCGGCGGCGGUAGCGGCUAAUAUUAGCAUCAGCUGAUCGGCGGGAGUAAAUGUUCGUUAGGGAAUAAACCUGCAGCUGCUUCCUGUGUCGUCUCACCGGUCCACUGAGGGGAGCUAGUUUCUGUCCUCAGCAUCCUGGUGUCUUCAGCGUCCUGGUGUCUUCAGCGUCCUGGUGUCUUCAGCGUCCUGGUGUCUUCAGUGUCCUGGUGUCUUCAGUGUCCUUGCGUCCUCAGCGUCCUGGUGUCUUCAGCAUCCUGGUAUCUUCAGUGUCCUUGCGUCCUCAGCGUCCUGGUGUCUUCAGAAUCCUGGUGUCCUCAGAAUCCUGGUGUCUUCAGCGUCCUGGUGUCUUCAGCGUCCUGGUGUCUUCAGCGUCCUUGCGUCCUCAGAAUCCUGGUGUCUUCAGCGUCCUGGUGUCUUCAGUGUCCUUGCGUCCUCAGAAUCCUGGUGUCUUCAGCGCCCUGCUGUCCUUAGCGUCCGUGUGCCUCUGAUGACAUGAGCAGUUCUGCUCACAGGAAGAGGAGGAGCACAGGAAGUCCUGUUCGUUCCCGACCCAGCACCAAGAACAGCAGAGCGGCUAACGCUAACAGAGUGGCUAGCAGGAUGGCUGAUGUUAGCAGCACACCUGAUGGUGACACCCCCCCCUCCACAGAGACCAUUGAUGUGAUGGACAACGCUGAGGACAGUGUGGAGGAGGUGGUGGAUCUGACCUGUGAAGGAUCAGAAGCUGCUGUGGUCGACCUCACAAACAACGACUCAGUGCUGGUAACAACGAGUCAACUACUGGUGGACGAAGGUCCUCAGAACAGGAGAGUCCCCACAGGUGAGAGUUACAUCGUCAGCAGUGAUGAAGACGAGGAUACGCUCCCUGUCCUCAACCCUGCCACCAUGUCCUCUGUGCACACCUCCAGGUCGACUCCGGGGACGAUCAGUUGUCCUGUUUGUCUGGACUCGUACUCUGAGAUUGUAGACAGCGGCCGAUUGGUUGUUUCCACUAAAUGUGGUCACGUGUUCUGCAGUCAGUGUUUGAGAGACGCUCUGACAUCAUCACACACGUGUCCUACCUGCAGGAAGAGACUCACCCACCGCCAGUACCACCCCCUCUACAUCUGACGUCACCAGUGACAUCACCAUCAGAUGACUUUUGCUGCUGAAACUUUUUUAUUUCAAGUUUUUUGUAUCAGAAACAUGAAGCCUUCAGUCAGAUCUUAUUGAUAAUUGAUUGAUAAUUUAUAUUUUCAGUUUUCAUCUGAUCGUUUAAGUUUAUUUGUUAAAGUAAAAAUAAAUACUAUUGAUUCUGUGGAAAAACA